AUGCCUUGGGAGAAAGGAGUCUUCAAGAAGAUAUUCAAAAAACCUGAGAGUCUGUUGCACAACGUCUUCAAACAACCACGGCAAUGGGUUGGACUUGAUGUUGUGCCCGAAGCUGAAACAAUGGAUGAGUUUUCAUCCGCAGUGGGCAGUCGGCAUCAGCUGGUCGGCGCCUUUUAUGAGCAUGCGCUGUCAUCCAUUUCAGAUCAGUCCUUUUUGCAAGAGCGUCAGAAUCUUUUGGCAGCUGCAGUGGAAAAAUGGUUUUGCAUCAUCAGGGUCAACAUGCUUGCGUCAUCAGUCGGACAUGACAUCAUUGGACUGGGCAACAUGGAGGACCAGAAGAAAGGCGCCUUUCAGGUCAUCGAAGCUGUAAUAGGCGUAAGAUCCAGAACCACGGCUGUCACAAUAAGGGCCAAUGCUUUACUCAAAUUUUUGAGAUGGAGAGCCGAUACCUCAGAGAAUGAUGGAAAGAAAUUUUCAGAGUUGGAAGCAUGGAGCUAUUUGUUGGAGUUGAGAGAGAAGGGUGCAGCACCAACUAAAAGUACCAGCUUCCUGUCGGCUUGCGCCUACGCAUUGCAUGUGUUCAAGAUUGUGCCACAGCGCGACUUUUUGUUCUCCUACGCAAGUGCCUUCGGAAGCAAACCGUCUUUGACAGCGUGCAACUCUGGCAGAUGUUGCGGGGGCCAAAAGGCUGCUUUUCGAGAGUCAGACUAUGUGCUAGCGUCUUUGCAGGAACAAGUCAGUGCCACGGAUGCUUCAACGAUUAAGAAGGUGCCGGUGGUGGAGCGUGAAACCAAAAUGAAGGCCAUCAAAAAGAGACUGACAGGUCUCCUUAUUGAGGGGCCGCUUGAACCUAGACAUGCGCUUCUGGACACCGCAGCCAGUAUGAUGCAACUCAAUGAAAUCAAAUACAUCCCUCCGGAAAAAUGUAUUUCAAGGACUCAUGAAGUUUUGAAUCAAAAGACUCCAACGAAACAGUUGGAUAUCUUAGCUGAGAACUUGAUUGUGAAGGAAAAGCAGGACACCCCAGACAUGACGGUCACCUCAGCACUUCAGGUGCAAGAGGCUUUUCAGCGCCGUGGAAUAGCGCUUGUCUUUGCAGACCUCAUCACCCAUGAGAACUAUACCAGGUACAUCACAACGCUUUUUGGACACUUGCAUAGAGAUCCGCCUGUGGGGUACGCAAGGACCAGUGUGAGUCAGCUUGUUGCCGCCGACCGGACCGUGUGGCAGAUGCUCUUAAAAGAGGGCAUUCAACCUAAAAGGGAUGAAAUGGGAACCCUUUCACUGGAUUCGAAGCUCAUGGAGAGUCUCCAAAGUUACAGGGUGUCCUUUGCCUUGCUGCCAUUGAUAGCAAAGAAGGAUAGCACUCCAAGCCCAUUGAAGACUACCAAGCCGGCCGCAAACCAAGGUGGCAAAGGAGCACAUUUGCAGGUGCAGAAACCCUGGCUCAAAACCAAGGGUGGCAAGAAAGGAGGAAAGGGCAAGGAUGCUCUGAAGCAGCGGAUGGAGCGAAAUGUCGACGGGGUCUUCAUAUUUGUGCGAAAUGCUACGGUACGCAUGGAGGUUGGAUUCAAGGACUCAUUUGGAGUGGACCACAAGCUGGACAAGGCGGAGCAUCAGGAAGUGUCAUUGCGAUCAAUGAGAGCCAUUGCAACAGCUCAGCCGAAGGCAUCCAAAAUGCCGCCAAUUGUCAGGGAACACAGGUUAGCCCUUUUCAAGGAAAUUUUAGUGGAACUGGAAUAUCCUGAUGUUGGAGCUUUCGAUGAACUGGUUAAUGGAACAGACCUUGUUGGUGAAGUGAAGCCCUUCGGAAUUUUCGAGAAAGCAUUCAGGCCCGCUGAAAAAACAGUUUCGCAGCUUAAGGAAGCCAGCAAGUCAGAGCGCAUGGUGAACUUUUACAAAUGCUCUUCUUCAGGUGACCAAGAAAUUGAUACCAUGGUUUACAGCAAGACUAUGGAAGAGGUGGAUUGCGGUUGGGCCAUGGGCCCCAUUCCCAUGGAAGACUUGCCAAGUGUCAAAGCGUUGAACCUGAUCUGGAGUUGUUUCUUCGAUGAUUACGUGGUCUUCAGCAGAGAUGAACAUGUGAACAAUACUGAGCAGUCAGUAUCCCUUCUUUUCAAACUGUUGGGUUGGAAAUUUGCGGAAGAAGGGGACAAGGCGGAUGGUUUUUGUCGAGAGUUUGGAGCCUUGUGCAUUCGUAUCAUUCUGGAUGAGGCAGACAAAGGUUUGGUUAAGUUUACAAACACUGCAAAAAGAUCUAUGGAGUUGGUCGACACCAUAAAUGCGUUGCUGACCAAAGGAAGCAUGACAACUUUGGAAGCGCAAAGACUCAGGGGCAGAAUGCAAUUCAUGGACGGUCAAUUGUUUGGAAGAUUGGGAAAGUUGUGUAUGAGAGAAGUUACAAAUCAUUCUUGUGAUUCGAAAACCUCGAGGUUGAGCGGUAGAACCAUGGAUGCUUUGAAGAGGUUUACCAUCUUUUUGGAACAUGCUGAGCCGAGGCUUAUUCACUUGAGCACAGACAUGGUUUGGCACAUUUACACGGAUGCUUGUUAUGAGCCGACAUCAAGCGACUGGCAGUGCGGAUUAGGAGGUGUCCUAGUAGGACCAAAUGGCAGGCAAGUGGCGUUUUUCUCAGUGGCACUGAAUCAUGAACAACUGGAACUUUUGGGGUCAGAAAUUAAGAAGACAAUAAUUUUUGAGGCGGAGCUGUUGGCCUUGGUGUUGGCCUUUUCAGUGUGGCGUGAUUACAUAAAGGCAAUGUCUUUGAUCUGUUUUGUUGACAAUAACUCGGCAAGAGAUGUUGCCAUUUCGGGCAAUGGAAGGAACAUCACCGCAAAUAGCUUGAUUGAAUUUUUGUUGAAGUUGGAAAUGUCAAGUUGUACAACACCUUGGUAUGCGAGAAUACCUACACCUUCGAACAUUGCAGAUGAGCCAUCAAGGGGGGUAACACAGAGAUUUAUCCAAGGCAGAAUCCCCGAAACUUCAGUCUGUGACGGACUACAAGAAAUCUUGCUAGCACUUGCGGAAGACACGGUUAUGAGGGGGUCUUCAAGAUGA